ACUGUGUUCAAGAUACAGUGAAAUAUUUCAAAACCUCCUGGACAUAAUGUUUAAAUUCAUUCUGUUUGUUUCCCUUGUAGCCUGGCAAGAAACUGUUGCUAUGGAAACAGCAGCUCCAAAAACACAGUUGACUUUACAAAAAUUGCAAAAGGAUCUAAGUUCUUCAAAUUCGGAAGUUGAUAAACUUAAACUUAACACAGAGGCAAUAUGGGGAAUGAUUGCCGAAUUGAAUAAUACAUUAUUUGAAAGUAAACAAGAAUCUUUUCCUUACACAGAAAAUGUGAUGGAAGACUUUAUGGUGAAAGAGAAGGCUAAUGAAGGAAAGAUAAAACUGUUGAUUAAAGCAUUUCAUGAUGAGAAACAAUUAUACCGCCAGAUUGUUAGUGAGGGCAAAGAAUUUCAGGACACACUGCAGAGAGAAGUCAGUACUGCCAUUGAGAAGUUAAAAGUAAAUCAGAGAAAUGAAACAAGAGAUCUACAUGCUAAAAUUAACGAUCUGGAACAAGGACUUCAAGAAUGCGCUGCACAAAGAAAGAAUAUCACUAAGUUACAAUCUGAAAUUAUUGCCAUCAGAAAUGAUUCUGAAUUGGAGGAGUGGCAGCGGAAAGAACAGAACAAUGCUCUGGAUAAGAAACUGGAACAGUUUAAGCAAAAUGCUUCAGAAAGCUUUAUCACUGAAAGUGAAUUUGUUGAACUGCAAAAGAACUAUUCUGGACAAGAAGAUUUACACGAACUUGUUUCUCAGUGUGAUGGUUCCUGGGUGUUUGACUAUCAGCUGAAGUCCUGCUAUCUGUUCAUUACAAAAGAAAAAAGCUGGUACGAUGCACGCGCAUUCUGUGAAAAUCAUGGUGGUCGGCUUGUACAAAUUGAAAACGAAGAGAAGAAUGAACAUGUGAGACUUAUGUAUGAAGAGUCUGGCAGACGCUGGGGUGAAGGUUGGGACAGCUUCUGGGCAGGAGGAUCUGACAUUACCUCUGAGCGCUCCUGGAUAUGGCGGGAUGAUGGGCAAAUAUUUGGCUACACUCACUGGGACAGAGUGGAACCAAAUGGUGGUACCUCUGAAAACUGCCUUGCUGUUAUGCUUUUUUCGUACAAUUUCUUUAAAUGGAAUGAUGCCAACUGUUCUGAUAAAAUGCCUUUCAUUUGUGAAAAAGUCCCCACAAAGGAGAAUGAAAAGAAAACAGAAAAGGACUUAAUAACAACUGUUACACCAAAUCCGUGGUAUGAUUAUACCACAAUAUUUGGUUGAUCUAUCAUGGGAGGAGCUCUGGGAAUGUGUCUUACUCCCCUUAAAAAAUUGUGACUUAAAUAAAAUAUAAACAGUGAGUACUUGUGUCUGUAACUCAUAUUACAAUGUUUGUACUUUUAAAAUCAUUUAACUUCAUCUAACCAAAAUGACUGUUUUGUAGAGUCAUGACAAUGAUGUAUCUUACCUUACCUUACCUUACCCUGCUAUAUUUCUAUAAUGAAUUUGUCCAUCUUUCAAAUUGGACAGAACCAUUGACAAUUAAAAUGGGGGGCUUACCAAAAAGAUACUGACUUAAAAGGCGAAUAGUGCAGACCAUGGUCAGUCUGCGUGGAUGUGCAGGCUGAUCAUGAUCUGAACUGGUCACAAAGGCAUAAUCAGUUGUGUCCAGCAUGGUAAGGGUUAAAAUUACAAGAUAUCUCAAAAGUUUAUUCAAGGGAUUAUUUAUUUCUUAAUUGGGGUUCCUGCAAGUACAACCAAUGUGAAAUAAUUUAACUUCUUUUGACAAAAAUUACUGUUUUAUUGGGAUAUGUUUUUCAAAAUUAUAAGAUGAAUUAAAACUUAAUUUAUUAAAUAAUAAUUUAAAAGUGGUCAAUCUGAUAUUGGUAAAAUAAUAAAUUUGUUCCAGACCUUUAAGUUUUGACCAUUUAUACUUAUUUAUAUUCACUGAGUGCGUAAUACAUUUUAGCUUGAGGUUCAGUAAAUUCUGUGCUAAAGAUCACCUUUGAACAAGUUUCAAUUCCCACUUUUCCUUUGCGGCCAGUGCAGACCAGGAUCAGCCUGCAAGUCCUCGCAUGCAGGCUCAGAUCACUGUCUGCACUGUUCGCUAUUCAGUCAGUAAAUUUUCAGUGAACACCUUUUUGAAUAAUAAGUGGUGCUGCCCAAAUUGAAUGAUGGACCAGUCCAUUUUGGAAAUUAAGCAGGCUAAAGGUUAAACAUCGCGCGGUCUAUAGUAUAUUUCAGUCUAUGAAGAAUUUCAGUCUGUGAGGAUCAUUUGCAAACACUAAAGACCAAAUUUUGGCUCUCCCAAUAAUGAUAUACAAGUCGAAAGAUUUCCUGCGGCCAGAAGUUAUACCAGGCUAAAAAGUAACUUAUGAGUGAAUAUCAUACUUGUUUUUUUUUUAUCAUACCAUUACGCUUUACAUAGGAAAAAUAACUCCAUUCUACAUGUUGUACAAGUAGACCUAUGAAAUAUAUAUUUCUUAAUUCUGAAAGUUAUUGUUCUGAGCAAAAAUAACUAUAUUUCCCUUUCAUGUAUGGCAUAACUUUUAGCUCAACAGGCCACAUUCCUUGUCUAUUGAAAUACUUUACUAGAACUAUUACAAAUGUGAUUCAUGCCUUCACUUGGACUUAAUUGACAUAUAGAGCAAAAAAACAAAAAAAAAAACAACAAAAAAAAAAAAAACCCAAAAAAACUCAAGACCAUAAUCCAUGUAAUUAAGGUUUAGCAGUAUAUCACAAAACAACAGAUUUUUUAACGAAUGAACAGCAUCUUGACACACAACUUAUCUGUCCAAUACAUGUUUUACUGUUCUGUCCCACAGAGUUGGAUACUUAAAAUAUUCUUAAUGAGUUGUCCCCUUUUAAUUAAGAAUGACAUUUGUAAAGAAAUAAAUGUAAACAAUUGUCAAAAACGAUGUUUUACCUAGUUAUGUAACGUUUAAACACUCGCACGAUGUUGCAAAUGCAUCAAAACGAAGAUGUGUUAACAGCUUUUAAAAAAUGGUGAGUUUUUAAAGGCAAUGAACUGUCCAGAAAUGCGGCCCCUUCAUGCAGCCCCUUUCCGGAAUUCAGUACAUAUAUCAGUAAAUUGACAAUGGUUUUGUAGAGUAAUAUAAAUGUUUUGUACGCUGUUAAAUUUUCAUGUAAAACAAUGCUUUCUGUCUAUGAUUUGAUGACGUUCGAACUUUUUUCUCCGAAACAUGGACCUAUACCUUAAACAAAGAGGAAUCUUAAAAAUCCCUUAUGCACAACUAGGUAUCAAUAUUGAUCACCGCUGAAAGCUUGAAUAAGUUAUAUGAAAUAAUAAAUAAGGAAUUCAGGUCACAAGACUUUCUCUAUAUAUAUCAUACAGAGUGCCAGCUUUAUUGCAAUAACGGCGUUCCAUAAAUGCGAUAAGCCAAUCGCAAAUCGGUAAAAUAUCACGUGAAAUCGCCCAGUCUCCAUGUGCUUUACUACUUGUUGCAUUCCAAUAUACCUGCGGCCGCCUCCAGGCCGCAGGUAAUAAAGAAAGGUUUGAUUGUAUUUUUAAAUUUGCAUUUUCUGUCCUGAUUGCGCAACUUUAGAAGAUUUAAAUUGUUUUUGUUUAUGUAAUUAUUCUUUAACCAUAAUUUAUGUAAGGAAUGAUAUGAAUAUAAGAACAAUUUUAAUACAUAAUUAUGUGAAAUAUUUGACUUGAUGAUUAUUUGUUUUACAGAAAUUAAUUAGAAAUGCAAGUUUGUAAAAUAAUUAUUACCUCCCUUAUGCAAAAGCCAGGAAAGUUUUCGUAUGAUUAUUCUUAAUUGCAAACAACCAUUAAAUUUUACAAGACAUGUUCUUAUAAAAAGCUUAAGAAUGGCAAUAUUAGUCAAUUAAUUGCAACGUUGUUUUCAACAUAUGAGCCACGCCAUGAGAAAACCAACAUUAUGACUUUGCGACCAGCAUGGAUUCAGACCAGCCUGCGCAUCCACGCAAUCUGGUCAGGAUC